CGUUUUCAGUAUGAUAAGGUGGCAUUUUUUUCGUAUGGUAUAAUUUGGCGCCCUUGCUGCGGUCCCACAGAUUUAAAGCGGCGUUAUGCUCGCAGUUGCUUGAAGCAAAAACCGUGUAUUCUUAAGUAAAUAAGUUAUUUUAAAUAAAGCGGAAAUGGAAACACUUUGUGCCGCCUUGGAUCCGAUGUUCCCCUGCCGGGAGGCGGCCAUAACCACUCUGGGCGAACUCAUAGGCGACGCAAGGGAGGCUUACCCCUCGGCCAUAUACUUAUUUGGACACAGUGGAACGGGGAAGACCGCUCUAACCCGAGCGCUGCUCAAGGAAUGCUCCAAACGACAGGGUGUCCGAACUGCCCAUUUGAAUGCCAUAGAAUGCUACACCACCAAGAUCAUGCUGGAGAACGUGCUGGACUCACUCACGUCUCCACAAAAAGGGGACUCUGUAAAGGCUGACAACAUGGUGGAGUUUGUGGAGCAGCUACGACGAGCGGAGGCCCCGGGCUUCCUCAUCGCCGUGGAUAACGCUGAACGACUGCGCGACAUGGAUGCCAAUGUGCUGCCCGUCCUGCUGCGGUUACAGCAGCUCACCAGCCUCAACCUAUGUGUGAUCCUUCUCUCCCAGUUGCCCUUCGAAAAGUUCUACAACAAGACGGGUCUGAGCGAAGUCAUCUGCCUGCACUUGCCACAAUACAACAAGGCGGAGACGCAACGCAUCCUGGGGUCGGACUUCGAUCAGGUGCGCGGCCACUUACUGGAGCAGUUUGCCACGGACCCUGGACGCCUGGAGAUCUGCGAGACAGCCAUGACUGAGGACUUUUACAACAACUAUUUGAAUCUCUUUCUCAGCGUCUUCUAUAAGGCCUGUCGAGAUCUCCCGGAGCUGCAGCUAACGGCCAGGAAGUGCUUCGCCGUUUACCUGGAGCCCGUCCUGGACGGAGCAGUGGAAGCCAGUGACAUCUCCCGACUGUGGCGGCACAUAGCGGGUCCCCUGAGAGCGGCCCUCACCCAGAUCUACAUGCGCAUUGAGAAACCACUGGAGGAGUGCGCCGAGAGCUCUGCCUCCUUAGAGGAUCAGAGCGUGCGCAAGCUGGCGCAGUCGCUGGAGCUGCCCUACUACGCCAAAUUCCUGCUGAUCGCUGCCUUUCUGGCCAGUCACAACGCCGCCAACCAGGACAAGCGGCUUUUUGUCAAGCACCACGGCAAGCAACGCAAGCGGAUGCAGACGGUCAAUGCCAGAGCCAAGACCACGGAGAAGAUGUCUACCACCUUGGGACCAAAGUCCUUUAGCAUCGACCGGCUGCUGGCCAUUUUCUAUGCCAUUCUGGAGGAGAAAGUGGGCUUGACCUGCAACCUGCUCUCCCAGAUCUCCACGCUUGUCCACCUCAAGCUGCUCAGCUUCGUGUCCGGUGAGCAGAACAUCAUGGACGGCUCCGCUCGCCUGCAGUGUACUGUGGGCCUGGAGUUUGUGCUCCAGAUCGGCAAAGUGGUUGGCUUCAAUGUUCGCCAAUAUCUGUGCGAUUUCAUGUAGCUGUUUUUCAGUUCUUAAAUAUAUUUAAUAAAUAGUCCGGUACAUCA